CUGAAAACCUAGCCUGAGGCCGCGCCGGCCUCGACCCCUUCCCCAUGAAGCCUCCGUCUCCGCCGUCUUCCCCCGGCGCGCUCGCACAGCGGGAGGCCGCGGAGCGGAGUCCUUCUCCAACUGCGGCUCCUCCGACAACAACGACGACAAGGACGACAACGGCAGGGCUGAGUCAAAGGGCGAGCAGGCCGCGGCGGGGUUCAUCACGGGUCUGUUCGAGCGGGACGCCACGCUGCGGGGCCACUACGAGCGAGGCUGGGAGGAGGGGCAGUUCGCGUGCAUGGCAAGCGUCGGAGGCACGAGGAAGCUGGGGUGGCAGUUCAGGGCCGCGUCGCGCUGGUGCAGCAUGCUCGCGCCGCCACACGGUAUAGGAGGCCCCGGGCGCACCGCGCGCUCGCCGUCGUCGUCUGCCGCGUGCUCGGUUGGGACGUCGCCCGACGGCCCAGCAUGGUGAUCGAUCCCCGGGGCACGCUCAGGCAGGGGCUCGCUGGUGAGGCCACGGCCGAUGUUCAACCGGCGAAGGAGAAUGAUGAUGCUGGGGACGACAAUGACUCUUCGGGUGAUGAGGAUGAAGAAGAGGAAGAAAUUGAGAAAGAGAAUGGACACCCAAGUGCCGAUGGUGACGAAAAGGACAACGAACUAGAGAACAGUGCCGACUCUACUGAAAAGACCUUGUGCCGCUUAUCCUGGUCCACCCACUACAGGAAAACGGCUAACUUCCGACGGCCAGAAUAA